AUGAUAGAAUCAAUAAAGAUAUUAUCAGGUACUGCACAUCGUGAUUUUGCAGAACAGAUUGCCAAACACUUGAAUGUGGUUAUCGGUAAAUGCGAUUGUACGAAAUUCUCGAAUGGCGAAACAUCGGUUAUCAUUGCAGAGUCGAUUCGUUCAAAGGAUGUCUAUAUUGUGCAACCGACAUGCUCACCGAAUGUCAAUGACAACAUCAUGGAGUUGCUGGUGUUAAUCGAUGCCGUGAAGCGUGCAUCUGCCAACCAGGUGACCGCUGUCAUUCCAUACUACGGCUAUGGCAAGCAGAAUAAGAAGGAGCGUUCGCGUGAGCCGAUCACCGGUAAGCUGAUCGCCAACAUGCUCGAGACUGCUGGUGUCAAUCGUGUCAUCUCGAUGGACUUGGAGGCCAGUCAGAUCCAGGGAUUCUUUAAUAUUCCAGUCGAUAACCUCUAUGCCGAGCCACUCAUUGUAAAGUACAUAGAAAAGCACAUCAAAGGUGAACGUGUAGUCAUUUCGCCAGCGGUCGACGGUGUUAAGCGUGCCAAACUCGUUGCCGACAAACUGAAUUGCGACUUGGCAAUUCUCGAUCGUCAAACCAAAGAUGAAAGUGUCGACGACAUGCUGCUAGUAGGUGACGUCACCGAUAAGAUAGCUGUAAUCAUAGGAAGUGUUGCUGAUACAUGUGAUACAUUGGCAUUGGCAGCAAAAGUAUUAAAGAGAAGAGGUGCUUCAAAGGUUUAUGCGUUGGUAUCGCAUGGUGAAUUGAGUGGAAAUGCAAUAGAAACACUGAAUGCAUCAGAGUUGGAGGAGUUGGUUAUUACAAACUCGAUUCCAACAAUGUCAAAGCUGGAACAAAGUCCAAAAAUUAAAGUGAUCAAUGUAGCACCAAUGUUUGCAGAGGCAAUCCGAAGAAUCGUACAUGGUGAAUCAGUGACUGCUCAUUCAUCUAAAUUUGUUAUUCUAUAA